AUGUCAAGCAUCACGAAACCAAAGAAGCGAGUCCUGGUUUCCUACGGGGUCGACAUCGAUGCCAUAGCAGGAUGGCUAGGCUCGUAUAAAGGAGAAGAUUCCACGAGUGAUAUUUCUCGAGGUUACUUCGCCGGCACUGAGGGGGUUCGGAGGCUACUGAAACUGUUUGAUAAAUACCAUAUCAAAGCUUCUUGGUUUAUCCCAGGUCACAGUCUCGAAACAUUUCCUGAAGAAUGUGCAAUGGUUCGUGAUGCCGGUCAUGAGAUUGGGCUCCAUGGCUAUAGCCACGAGAACCCAGUGGACAUGACUUUGGAGCAACAGAGAGACAUCCUCGAUUACACAUAUCGUAUGCUGACAGACUUUUGCCAUGGUAAGCCACCACGCGGUAUUGUCGCUCCUUGGUGGGAAGUAAGCAAAGAAGCCACAGAGCUACUGUUGGCAUAUGGAAUCGAAUACGACCAUAGCAUGAGCCACCAUGACUGUCAAGCAUAUUAUCUGCACACUGGCGAUGAGUGGGCGAAGAUUGAUUAUGGUAAGAAGGCUGCAGAGUGGAUGAAACCUUUCAAGAAGGGAAAGGAGACGGGGCUUGUCGAAAUCCCAGCAAAUUGGUACCUCGACGACCUUCCUCCAAUGAUGUUCAUGAAGAAGGUUCCGAAUAGCCACGGUUGGGUGAACCCCAGAGAUGUCGAAGACUUGUGGCGGGACCACUUCGACUAUUUCUAUCGUGAAUAUGACGAAUUCAUCUUUCCAAUGACAAUUCAUCCUGAUGUGUCGGGCCGACCGCAUGUGCUGCUGAUGCACGAGAGGUUGAUUGAGCACAUUAACAAGCAUGAAGGUGUAGAGUGGGUGACCAUGGCUGAAAUGGUUGAUGAUUUCAAGAACAAGAACAAGCCUGCAGAGGGAGCCAUGAUGCCAGCCGCACAGGGAGAAAUCUUGUCUCGAGACAAAUAG